GGCAGUCAAGAUUGCCCCUCCAAGUCCUCCUCGCUCACCCAAUUCCAUCCCCAUCCGCAUCCCCAUCUCUGUUGUUGUUUGUUGUUAUUGUUGGAGCUGCUGCCUUUUUUUGUGGACGCCCCGGACUUCGUUCCAUAUUGAGGUUGAGAUGGCCUUUGCGGGCAGUACAAUUAAGCCGCCGCUGUAGUUAUGUAAUGGAAUCGCCGUGUUCAUGCUUGUUGUGUCGCGGAUGCUAGACCAAAUUCUUGUCUCCACUCGAGCUCGUUUCACGACGGAGCGAUGCGUACCAUGAGAUCGUGACACAAUACGUUGGGUUGAGUUGGCAAUAUAGAAGGGGAGGGAUGUCAUUCUUGCUGGUUGCUCUUGUCCACGGUCCAAGGUUGGCAGUGCAAAUCGAAUUUUGGGGUGGGGGGGGACUAAACCAUGGGAGAUAUCGCUGGUACGAGAAUGGAGGGUUGGGUGUAUUAUCUGAGCUCUAGCAAACUGCGAUUAAAUCACCCUCGUAAGCGAUAUUUGGUUCUUGAGGGAAUUCGAGCUAGCUCUUUCAAGGAUAAACCCAGAACUGGUGUUGAGAUUCUUGUGAGAUCAGGCAUUAUUGACCCGGACACACGAGUCAUUGACCACGGCCGCGAAACCGUCCAUGGCCGUGUUUUCUUCGUAUUUUCCAUAUACGAUCCUUACGCUCCUGAAGCGAAACUUAGAAUUGGAGUUCAGAAUGCGGAGGAUGCUGCAAAGUGGAUGCAUGCUUUCAGGGAAGCUGCGGAAAGGGCCCAGCCUCCAGGCACCAAUAAAACUUUCCUUCCCUCACCUCCAGGACGUAGGCGUCUGCCAAAUUUGAGGCGAUCGGGAAGGAAAGGAAGUGGACUUUUUCGGGAUGUUUCCGGAGUUUCGGAUGCUUUGGGUGGAGAGGACUGUGUUGUCACACUUGAAGCAGUAAAUCAUUGGACGGGUGGAUUACUUACCAAGGACGCCUCACCUGAUGUGGUUGCAUCUUCCCCCUGGCAAAUUAUUGGGUGCAAGAAUGGUCUACGUUUCUUUCAGGAAACUUCCGACGGAGAUGAGAGUCUCUUAGAAAAGAUCCGUGGGGACGACAUUCCAACACUAAUGGCUGUGGGGGUGGUAGAUGCGACCCCUGCAAGUGUCUUCGAAACAGCUAUGGCCUUGGGACGUUCACGGGCUGAAUGGGAUUUUUGCUUCCACCAAGGUCGAGUCAUAGAGAACGUUCACGGGCAUACGGAUAUUAUCCACGAACAAUUUCAUUCUAGGUGGCUUCCUUGGCGCAUGAAGCCUCGAGAUUUGGUUUUCCAGCGUUACUGGCGUCGUGAUGAUGACGGGACAUAUGUUAUACUCUACAACUCCAUCAAUCACGAAAAGUGUCCUCCUGGCAGGAAAUUUACACGAGCUUGGUUACACAGUGGAGGCUUCGUGAUAUCGCCUUUGAAGGGGAGAAAGGAUAAGGUUAAGUGGUGCAUGGUGAAGCACAUUAUGAAAGUGGAUUGGAAAGGUUGGGAGUUUCUUUGGAGGAAGUCCCGAAAUCGUGAUAUGUCACUUAUCAUGCUUGAGCGUAUAGCAGCAAUUCGUGAGCUGUACAAGGUGAAGGAGAAACCAAUCAUUUCUAUGAAGAAAGAACACCACCAAAGACAUGAGGACAUCUUCUAUGAGAGUGCAGAGCCCAAACCCGAGAGUGAAGAUGAGUCAUCAAACAGAGAUAGGGUGUCUAAUCAACCAUCUCUUAAAGAAUCAACCAGUAAAUUCAUCGAGGUUGCUGAUGAUGAGUUUUUUGAUGCUGAGGAGCCCACGUCUUGGGAACGUGGAGAGGAUCCUGAACUUAAAUUCUACGAAGAAUUGGAGGGUUCAUCGAUGGAUGAAGUUGAACAAAAAGCUCACAACUUACCCGCUCCCCAGAAAGCUGUAUCUAAGGCUGCAACAAUUGUUAAACGAAUUCAGGACCUUGCCUCAGGUCCAAGACACCCUUCAUUUUCAAGGUCAUUAAGAAAGCUGGCUGAUGAAGCAGACGUGGAGUUCAUGAAUCGGGAAUCGUCGUUGGGUUCUGUUUAUUGGGAGCCUGCUGAGCCUGGAACCUUCCUAAUCCGCGGAAAGCACUUUCUUAGGGACCAUAAGAAGGUGAAGGCAGGAACUCCACUAAUGCAGUUGGUAGCUGCUGACUGGUUCAAGUCUGACAAACGUGAGGAUCAUAUCGCUGCUCAUGAUGGAUGUGUAAUUCAAAAGCUCUUCGCUAAACAGAAGAAUGCUCAUGAGGUGGCGGAUUCAUAUUUUGUGAUCAUCAAUCUCCAAGUACCAGGCACACCUACGUAUAGCUUAGUGCUUUACUACAUGACCAACAAGCGCCUUCAGGAUAUUCCACUGCUCGAAAACUUUGUUCGUGGUGAUAAUCGCUAUCGUGCCUGCCGCUUCAAACUCUGCCCUUAUGUCGCCAAGGGACCAUGGAUCGUGAAGCAGAGUGUAGGGAAGUCAGCUUGCUUGGUGGGGGAAGCUCUGGACAUCACCUACUUCUCCAGCGAUAACUACUUGGAGUUGGACAUUGACAUUGGAUCGUCAUCAGUCGCGAGGGGAGUGGUCAAUCUCGUGACUGGUUAUGUUACAAAGUUGGUCAUAGAGAUGGCCUUUCUCAUUCAGGCUAACACAGAAGAGGAGCUACCAGAGAAACUUUUGGGGACUGUUCGGAUCUCUAAUUUAGAUAUGCAAAAAGCAGUGCUUCCACCGCCAGAGUACUGAACUGCUGCACAAUGCUUGAAGUAAUAUUUUCGUUCUACUUACGUCCACAUUGGGAAGUGUAAAAAGUAGGGAACUCUUUUCUAAAGGUUGCAUGAAGUAUGAAACAUUAUGUACAUCAUUGUUGUCUUAAAAUUGUUAGAUACACAGCACAGAGAAUCAGGCAUAUAUGUGCAUAAGUGACAAAUUUCAAAAAACUAACAAUUACUUCUAAAUAUUAUCUCUUGAAGGA